UUUCUCCCCCUUGGAAACCGAAGGCAACCCCCGCAGACAAGCGGAGGGCGUCGAAUCCCCCAAUCAUAGGCAACAGCCAGACAGCUCAUGCGUGCCGCUUCCAAUCUGCAUGCCGCCAACGGCGCCCAUGAUAUGAACGAUCCACACAAGCACACCCUUCCCCACACACCCAUCAGUCCAUCACCUCUGCCUGUCUCCUCCGUCCUCCCACACGCUCGUGUGUCCUGCGUGCCAUCGUCUCCGCACAGGCAGCUGCAGAUUGGCGCGCAAGAGCUGGGUGGGUGAUCCUACUGCUACCAAGGAGAGAUCGAUCACGCUAGCGCUCGCCGUUCCUCCUCUUCCAUGGGACUGCGAUGCUGAGGGAAGCCGCCGCUGAGCUGACCGUGACAGGAGGAGCAUCCAUAGCCACGAAGAUCCGCAAGCGCUGCGCCGUGUCGCCGUUGGGCGCGUCGCCGGACCGCCAGAGGAGGACGCUGAGGCUGAAGCGGGGCGUGCGGCUGAUCGGCCACCGGAGGGGAGGCGGCACCGGCGCGUCUCCGUGCGCGAGCAGCGGGAGGAAGAGGAGGAUGUCGGAGUCGUCGUGGAACCGGCACGGCCGCCACGGCCACGCCGACGUCGAGACUCGGUCCGCGGCGUCGGCGCGGAAGCUCGUCAGCGCGCUCUGGCAGCUCAACAAGGGGGACGGCGGCGCGUUAGAGGAGGAAGAGGAGGAGAUCGGGUGGGACGCGGCGGCCGCGCGCCGGAGCUCGGAUCACCGGCGCAGCGCGUCCCUGGAGUUCUCCAAGAUUUCGAGAAGGAAUAGUAAGGCUCUGAAGGAUGAUGGAGAUCAGAGGAGCUGGCACAAUGGCCAUGCCCAUGGCCAGUGGUUCUCAGAUGUGAUGAGCAAUGGCGGCACAGUGAAGGUGCACACAUGUCCGCAGGGCCGCACCCCGGCACGUCCGGGUGGCGACAGGGCGGCGCAGGCGCAGGACCUGUACAACAGCCUCACGGCGUCCGCCGAGCUCGUCAGGGUCCUGGCCAACGUCCUGGGCCCCGCCGGCGCGCUCGGCCCCACCGCGGCGUCGCUUCUCGCCGCGCUGCGCUCCGAGCUCGACGCCGCGCGCGCCCGUGCCCGGCGGCUCGCGAGGCAGCACCACGGCCGCGACGAGGAGGAGCACCACCGCCUGCGGAGGCAGCUAGCGGAGGAGGUGCGCGCGUGGAAGGCCAGGCACAGGGAGAAGGCCGCGGCGGCCGCGCGGCUGGUCGCCUCGGAGCUGGACGGCGAGCGCCGGUCGCGGCGCCGCGCCGAGCGGGUGGGCAAGAAGCUGGCCGAGGCGCUGGCGGACGCCGAGGGGUCGCUGCGGGCGGCCACGCGGGAGCUGGAGCGCGAGAAGGCGGCCAGGGCGCGGCUGGAGAAGGUGUGCGACGAGCUCUCCAGGGGCGUUGGCGGCGGCGGUGCGGUGGCGGAGGAGGAGGAGCUCAGACGGGAGGCCGCCGAGGCCGCGCGGGAGGAGCUGGAGAGGGAGCGGGAGAUGCUGCAGCUCGCCGACGAGCUGCGCGAGGAGCGGGUCCGGAUGAAGCUGGCCGAGGCCAGGAUCCAGUUCGAGGAGAAGAACGCCGCCGUCGACCGCCUGCGCCAAGAGCUCGAGGCCUUCUUGGGCACCAGCAGCAAGGAGGACCAUCAAGAAUCGCCUUUCCACGACGAACACCGCCAUACCGUCGAUGAUCACCGGUCGUUGCAACUGGUUCUUGCGUCUGAAUUCGGCGUCGACGGCAUCGACCGCGUGGUCACAGACAAGACCGGACAAGUUGAAAAUGGGAACGACGGUGAAGCCGAUGAUGGCUCGGAAGGCAGCGACAUCGAGCUCAACAUGGACGGCAACAGCUGGAGCUACAAGACAACCUCCAGGGCGACGACGGCCAAGAACGCGGCGUCAGUGCACGGCUCACUUUCGGACAGAGGGACGGAAAGCGGCGCCGGGGCCGGGGCCGGGGCCGGCGCCUUCGACCGGAGAUCUCAGGGCACGCGAGAUGCACUGGAGCUGCAGGAGUGGGACGACGUGUGCAGCGACGACGGGGCCAGCACCAAGGACCUGGACGAGGACGCGGAGAGGUACGAGGCCAUCAAGAACCUCCGGGAGCAGAUGCUGGCCGGCCACGGCUUCGUCUUCCUGUCGCAAGGCGAUGCAGACGCCGACAGGGAUCGGCAUCGCCAGGGUUUGGUACCUCAAUUCGAAGAUGGGGGACUCUGGUGAGCCAAAUUGAUUGGCGUUGAACGGUUGGCACCUGGCAGCGACACCAGCCCUGCUCCUUCAGAAUUUGUGCAUAGCUUUGAUUUUGGGGUUCCUUUUGCACAGUUUGUAGUAGAGCGCGCGCGCUCUCUCUCUCUCUCUCUCUCUCUCUCUCGCGCGCGCGCUCUCUCUGAGGUUUGGGUCAUUACUGUACUUCCAUAGGAGUAUUUGGUUUCAAUUUUCUUUUUAUGUUUUUGGCAGUGACUCAGUGACAUUUUGCGUUUGAUAUCAGGAUCAGAAAUCACCAAUGCUUGUAUCUGUA